AUGGCGUUCAAAUUCCUGGCCGUCGUCGCUUUCCUGGCCGUUGCCAGCGCCCAGCACUACGAUCCUCACCACUACCAGCAGCCCCAGUACCACCAGUAUCACCAUGAACCGGCCGUCGUGAAGACGCUCCAGCCGGCGCUGAUCAAGACCAUCCAGCCGACGCUGGUCAAGACGGUGAAGCACGUCGAGUACCCGGAAGCCCCGGCCGAGUACCAGUUCCAGUACUCCGUCCACGAUGACCACACCGGUGACAUCAAGAGCCAGCAGGAGGAGCGCCACGGAGACGAUGUUAAGGGACAGUACACGCUGAUCGAUGCCGAUGGUCACCGCCGUAUCGUCGACUACACCGCCGACGAGCACAACGGAUUCAACGCCGUCGUCCGCCGGGAGCCGAUCGAGGGACACAAGAUCGUCAAGACGAUCGCGCCGGUCGCCAAGGUCGUGGCCCCGGUCCAUUACAGCCACCAGCCGCACUACGAGCACCACUACUGA